AUGGAAAGCGACAGUGAAGGCGAUGGGGAGGACCGUGGUGGUAGCUUGGUGGGGUUCCUCUUCGGCAAUGUGGAUAGAGACAUGCAGCUGGAGGAUGACUACAUGGAUGAGGAUGCGCGGGAGGCGCUGUUUGCUCUGGGCGAUGAGAAGCUUGGCGGAGAUGUCCUGACGCUGCAGGCUCAGCACCUGGAGGCCUCGUCAGUAGACCUGCUAAAACUUCGAUCAUGCCUGCCCUUGUUUCAGGGAGAUGCUGGCAAGGGCGGAGAAGCCAGCACCAGGGACAGCUACGGGGGGAAGGAUGAGGAUGCAAAGAAUUACAGCGAUGAGGAAGAGAUGGCAGAGGAUGUCAGUGCUCCCGCUCCGCAGCCGGCCAAACCCCUCCCCGGGCUGCAGCUUCCGUUCGCAGGUCAGCUGCCCCCGGCGCCGGCCGUAGAGGAGGAUGACUACGACGAUGACGUGGACGCGGCCCUGGCACCCAUCCUGCAGUUCCCUGUGCCGUCGGCCGCAGCUGCAGUGUCGGCUGCCGCAGCCGCGACCACAUCUACAUUGGCUGCUGCACCUCUGCCCGUUGCGGCACCUGCACCCGUAAUGGCACCGGCCAGUGCCGUAGUUCCGGAAUCGGCGGCGGCUGCGGCGACGGCCGCCCCCGGAUUCGGCACUCUGCCGCUGCUCGGGCUGACUCCUCCGAGCCUGCCUCCGCUGCAGGGUACCGCUCCCGUGCAGCCCCUAGUAACGGCCGCCGACCUCCCACGCCUCUUCUCUCUGACUGAAGACGACGGGCCUCUGCAGCCUGCUUCGGUUGCUGCGCCUGCCAAGACUGGCAGCGCGCUGAUUGCUCAGCUGGAAAAGGCCAAAGAAGCGGGGGUGGAAUUGCCAGUUUUGGCGGAUCUCGGCUCAACUGCAGUGCUGCGCUAUUCGGAGCUCUUUGGCGGUGAUAAAGAAGAGAAACCGCAGCAGGCACGCCUGCGAACGGAGCGCAAGCCGCGCCAAGAAAGGCAACCGAGUAUUGCCGCCAUUUAUAAAAACGAGGCGGCGUCAGAUGACGAGGCGGCGCUGUUGUUUGCUGAGGAAGCUGCCGAGCACGAGGCAGACGUGUGGGCGUCAGACGGCGAUGACGAGGCAGGGCCAUCGGACCAGGAAGCAGAGGAAGGGGAGGAGGAGGAGGGAACAGCACAGGCUGCAGACGAGCCCGGGCGGCAGGGGAGAAUCCCGCUCCCCGAGGAUGAAGCGCCAAGCACCAAGCCUCCGCCUGGGAGACGAAGGCAUGCAUCCCCUCCACUAAAAAAGAGGGUGCAGGGAGGGGACCCGCUGCUGUCAGAGAGGGAUGCAAAAUCAGGCUGGGUGGACCCAGGGGAUGCCGUCGCAUCCCUGCCCCAGGCCUGCUUCGAGCCGGUGUGCCAGCUGGACUGGGAGCGCAGCAUUGCAUGGGAGGCCAAUGCAGCAGAGCACAGUACGGACAGCGCAGCAGUGAGCCCGGCGCCUCAGCCCACACCGCCCGAGGCCAAUUGCCACAAACCCAUGCAGGUGGACGAGCUGGCAGCAGCCUCUAACUCAGCCGCUCCAAAUGCGCUAGUCCCUGCAGAUGCCGCUGCACAUGCUGCGCUGCCGAUUGGGGCUGCAGUAGCGGUGCCAGAACAGGCGCUCGUGCAACAGACAUCCAUGCCAAAACAGGCACCGGAACAGAAACGGGCGCUGGUGGCAAAAGAGGUGGCUGUGCCUAAAGAGGCACCGGAAGAGGAGUGGUUUGGGCUGGAUCCGGAUCUGCUGAUCGAGCCACUGUCUGUUGCAGAGGUCUCCAGCAGAGAGCACAAGCAAAUGGUGCACCACCAGAUGUUGCGGCUGGAGGCAUCUCUGGCAGAGGCGGCUGGAAAUGCAGCAGCAGCUGCAGAGCCAGCGUCGGCAGGAGAGGCGGCAGCUGUACUCCUUCAGCCAGGCACUGCUGCCAGUCUGGCAGAGCUUGCCACUGUGUGGGCGCGGCAGGCGACGAUCCCCAACAGGCGGCUGCAGGGGGGCGACUGGCUGGCUGACGUGGCAUGGGACGCUGACGAGGCGCGCCAGAUCAGGCAGCCCCUCCUGCUAGAUGUGAAUGACCCCAACCUCAUCUUCGAGCUGCGCCGCGGAACCGACCUGGCAGCCUAUGCCAACGCUGCCGCCACGAUUCUACCGCCGCGGCCCAAGGUGGCGCCUGUUCUGGCAACUGUGGUAGGCUCUGGCGAGGGCGCUCGGCUGCUGGCUCGCUAUAAUGUGAGUAAGGACGCAGCCUACAGCGCAGGAGCACGCAAGAAGGGGGAGCGCGUCCAAAUACAGCUCUGCAAGCAUGCAAGGCCGGCUCUCGCGCUGUCAACGCUGCCCAUACAGCAGCCGAAUCGCCAUGACGUAAUGCACCGCCCAGUCAGCACCUUCCUGCCGGCUCCCGCCCCCGUCCAGAUCAAGUUCAAAGUCAGCGGGGAAGUGGAGCGGAGUACGGUGAAGCUGGCCAGCGUGCAUCAGUCGCUGGUGCAGAGCUUUAGAGACAUCAGCCUCGAUGAGGUCAACGCUGAUGACCUCUGGGCUCAGGCAAAGGCUGGCAAGUUUGCGGAUGCAGCAGAAUUGCGGCCCGUAUUCUGGCUGCGGGCGCAGUUGCCGCGGAUUCUGCCCGCCGAUGUCAGUCUGCGCCAGGCUGGCGUGCCCGCCAAUGUGAGCAUUGACCUGGCGGUCAGCUUCCCUCAGCUUCGGCCGCUGCCGCUCGCCAACCAGGUUCCCGACCCCUCCAGCGGCGUUCCCACCAGACCCCCCGGCGCCUUCACGACGAGCAAGGACCUCACUGCAAAGGAUGGGCACAUUGUGCUUCUGGAGUACCUGGAAGAGAAGCCCCUGUUGCUGUCCCGCCCAGGCAAGCAAACCCAACACAUCAACCAUGUUGAAACAAAUAGAUAUGCACAAGACACUGCGGACAUGGGAUGCAUGGGUGUCCGGCUGACUACCUACUACAGGAAGAGGAACGCCACAGACAACGUGGACCUGCAGAAGCUGGCAAAUGGCAAGGAGGCCUGGAAGACAGGGCACGUUGAGGUGAUGAGCCCGGAUGAUGACUCACCCUUCCUGCUGGGAGACAUCGCCCCCGGAUCCGCGCGCCUCGCCCUAGACACCAAUAUGUUCCGCGCAGCGGCGUCCCCUCACGCGCCGCGCCACUCGGAUUUCCUGCUGGUGCGGGCGCCAAGUGGCGCGCUGUCGCUGCGCCACCUCAGCGGCACGCUGCUCGCCGGGCAGCAGGAGCCUAAUCUAAUUGUGCCCUGGCCGCGCAGCAAGGAGGCCAGGGACAUAGAGGAGAACCGGCUGAUGGCGCAUGUAUGCCGCCUGCUGUUCAAGCGGCAGCAGAAGAUUGACAAGGGCCGCGGCGGCAGGGCCGGCUUUGGGCAGGCCGCGAUCUCAUGGGAGGAGCUUCGCGCCGAUUUCACCCCCGCCAUGAUGACCGACUCCGUGCUGGCCAAUCGGCUGCGCGAACGCUGUGACUGCCAGCCGCGUGGGGGCGAGGACGGCAGCGGGGACGCUUGGGUGCUGCGUCCGGGGGGCCGCAUACCGGGGGAGACCGAACUGCGCAAGGUGAUGACGCCAGAGGCCUGGUGCGCGUACGAGAGCAUGCGGCGCGGUAUUAUGAGAUUGAAGGAUGCCGGUCUGGCCAUUCACGCCCCCCUGGCGCAGGUCCCCCCCGAUCGGCUGCGACUCAUGUUCGAGGCGUUGCCUCCCUCGCCGGAGAGGGAGGCGGCGUUUGCAAUGCACCAGGAGAGGGAAUCGGCCUUUGCAGCGCUGGAAUUGGCUGUGCAGGCGACUCCGUGGGGCCUCACAGAGAACUUCAACGCGGCGAUGCGCGAAGGCCGCGGCCGGCUGGCGCUGACCGGGCCGGGGGACCCCACCGGACGCGGCUCCGGCUUCUCCUACCUGCGCGACGACCGCAAGGCGGCGGCAGAGGCCGGGCCGGUGCCGAAGCGCGAAGUAGGGCAGAUCACAGGGACCAACUCGGACCUGCGGCGACUAAGCAUGGCCAAAUCGCGCGAGAUUCUGCUGUCCCUGGGCAUGACUGACGAUGAGAUCAAGGGGCUGUCGCGCUGGCAACGCAUAGGGCUGGUGAGGGAUUUGAGCGGCGCUGCGAUAAUGGACGGCGAUUCGGCGCUUGGGCAGCGCUACGCGCGCGCGCAGCGGCAGAGUGCUCUUGAGCUGCUUCAGCAGUCCGUGUCCAAGGCCCAGGCCAUCUUUGCUGCUCAGGCUGAGCUGCUCGCUGGCGGGAAGGAGAGCGCAGAUGACAGCGGCUCCGAAGAUGAAGCCGCGCCAAAACAGGCAGCAGGCAAGGGCCGAGCCAAGAAAGGCGCCGGUGCGAAAUCCAAGGCGGCCGGGGCGGCGGCCGCGGCGGCGUCGACGGCUGCACCGGCAACGGAGGCGCUGCGAAAGAUGACAGAGGAGGCCGAGGAAGCAAAGGAGCUGGCCGACAUGCGCGCGGCAGGGCUGCUGUCGGGCAAAGGGGCGGCAGCUGCCGGGAAGCUGGAAGCUGCGCCCGGGGCGCGACGCAUCCGCCGCACCGUCAUCAUGACUGAUCCCACAGACGGCGCUCAGACCAGCCGGGAGAUCAUCUACAACGACCGUGACAAGGUGGCGCUCCUAAACUCGAUGUAUGGUGACGGCAACGCGGGCUUCGGGACGCGCCGAAUCCGAGCCGGCAGCGGCAGCCGCAAGGCGCUGCUGGAGGGGGCGGGCCCCCAGCUCUUUGCAGGGGCCAAGGCACGCAAGGGAGGGGCCCGCAAGUCCACCAUCCAGUGCAAGGCCUGUGGCCAGACGGGCCACAACUCGAAGAACAAGCUGUGCCCUCUCUACAGCAUCACCCACGCCCAAGCAGCUGCUGAUGCGGACGAGUACGAGGAGGAGGGAACGCGCUCGCCCGGCAAGCGGCCGUCAGUCACCCUGCGCAUCGGCAGCGGCAUGCUGAUGUCGCCCGGCAGCGCGCUCACCACCGCAGCCGACUCUGACGGCGAUGAGCCGCUACCCAGGGAUCGUGGGGGACGCAGCAAGCGGCAACUGUCGGACGGCAGCGCUAAGGAGGGACCCCCCGCCAAGUCCCAGGCGGUGGAGAGCGGUGGCGGCGGCGUGGGGCCCAGGAAGAUGAGCCUGGCAGCUCCUGAGCCAUCGCCGGAGCCGCCGCCGCCGAAACGCGCGGCGCCAAAGAAGGCCGCGGGUGAGGUGAGCGCACGCAAGGCGCUGAGUCAGCGUUUACUCGCGCCGGUGCUGUCGGCCGUCAAGCGGCGAUGCGGUACCAUCCUUGAUCCCUUCAAGCGGCCGGUGUCAAAGAUAACGGUGCCGGACUACAACGAUUUCGUGGACGAGGCGGACGAGAUCAGCCUGGAGACCAUCGAGCGCAGGCUCAAGGCAGCCUCCUACAGCUCCUCCAAGGAGUUCAUGGCCGACAUCAGCCAGAUCGUCAGAAACGCCGUCGCGUACAACAAGCCCGGCCACGGCAAGCAAGGCGGCGCUGACAUCAUCCAAUGCGCGCAGCAGAUGCGCAACGCAAUCCGAGAGGAGCUUGAGGACAUUGCUGAGAAGAUCGAACACGCAGAUGCGCUCGUGGCCCUGGAGGACGCCGGAGGUGCUGAUGUCAGCGAGGGAGGGGACGCCGAUGCAGACGGGGACGGCGCCGAGGCGGCCGGCGGCGGCGGCACGGCGGCGGCCGCCCCGGCCACGGAGCUGUGGGUGCAGUGCACCAAGUGCCAAAAGUGGCGGCGGCUGUCGCAGGCGGUGUACGACGCGACGGUGAGCGCUGAUGACGACGAUCCCUGGUACUGCCACCAGAACUUUGACCGCCCCGGCGCCAGCUGCGACCAACCAGCCGACGAGGAAGGGAGCGUGUGA